CGAAUCCGGCAAUGCACGACAACUUUCUGUUCCACCCCCAGCUAUCUUCCACAAGGGUUCCAACUCGAGCGGUGGCUGCGAGAGCAGUGCCUUGCCGUGUCGCACGGCAUGCACCACGGCAAUAAGAAACAAAAGGCCUGGUGUGUCUGAUGUAGCUGGUGUGCCGUAUGUGUAUGUGUAUUUGUAUGUGUAUUUGUAUUUGCACAACACUGCAUGAUCGUUUCCUGGUGGUGAGAACGAACAAGUUUGUCGCKGCACGACGGUCCCUGUUCGGUGCAAAGUGGUUCGUUCCAGCAUCGUUGGCAAACGCUCUGUUGCGGGAUUUGUGCGUUGCAAGGUUUGCUGCUGUGGACGCUGCGACAAGCCACAAUGUUUGUUGGUUCCCGGACGUUGCCCCCCGCCCCCUCUCUUGCUCCCGUCCGGGAUCUUGUCUCGUCUUUUUUCAAUCUUGUUCUGGUUUUGGUUCGUUUUGUUUUGUUUCGUUUCGUUUCGUUUCCGGUGGUCCGUCCCGCUAGGUCUCCCCCAUCAGGAGCCCCUCGUGCAUGUCGCCGUCGGAGAAGAUGACGUCGUUGAGGGCCGCGUUCCGGGCGCCGUUCCGGCCGGCCCGGCGGCGGAUCCCGUGCCAGAAGGUGUACCAGGACCCCCUCAGGUAGUAGUAGAUCCGGUAGCGGUUGGACAUGGCCGCCCCAAAGGCAAAGAAGAAGAGGCCCGCCAGGACCAACCAGCAGGCCGUCUUGGCCAGGAGGACCAGGAGCUUCUUCCAGCCGUGGCGGCGGUGGUGAGCGGGACGGGAAUCGCUGGGAGCGGCGGUCGGAAGGCCCGUCGUCGGGGCAGCAGUGGUCGGCGCAACGGUGGUCGGGAAAGGGGUCGACGGGGCCACCGUGGGAGAGGGAGACACCGACGUCGAGUUCGAGGAGGUGGCCGCGCUGGGCGCCGGGGAGGGAGACGGCGAGGGUUCCUCCGUGGGAUCUUCUCCGGGGGUCGCCCUCCCCCGCAGAAGAGCGGGUUCUCUCUCGCGCAACCACCCCGAGUCGCCCGAGACCGUACCAGCGGAGGCCUCGGCACGAACCAGGAGAAGCAGGAGGAAUAAGAAGAGGCGCUGUGGUGGAACCUGCCGCAUGGUUUGUUGUUCUGUUCUGUUCUGUUCUGUUCUGUUUUGGGUGCGAGUUUGCUUGCUUGUUUUUGGUCCCGAUGGAUUCGAGGAUGUGUUUACAGGUGGUGCUUUGGUACGGUUGGCCACGGGGAAGAUUGGCUGCUGCUGCUGAUGUUGCUGUUGGUGAUGCUGGUGAUGGUGACGACUCGGUUGGUCUUGUUGUUGAGGAUAGCACCGAAGCGCAAUGGUCUUUCUGCUGCUUCUUGCUUCGGAAACUCGGUGUGUGACACUACCGUACCUACGAGAGACCGGAGGGUGACUGCAUACUACUGCAUCCUCUCAAGUCGUGUCAACCGAAACCGCAAGACGGUUUGAGAGAACUCAGCAAGAAAUUUGUACGGUACCCUUUGUACUAGUACGCUACCCGUACAUACGUACGAAGAAAGCCAUCGAACAAAAAUGGUCGUUCGUUCUGGAUCAGUGUUUUUCUUUCCUUUGUUCUUUCCCUCGCUCCGUAACGAGGAAACAACGAAGAAUCACAAAAAUCAAUCCAUGCUGUGCGGUACAUACCGUAGAGUUCCGUGCGGCAAGUACGAGUAGUAUGUAACCGUAAGUAUCCUACUACUACUGUGAUCACGACUGUCAACGCUAAAAUCCACUACUCGUACCUACGUAGUACCAGGGGUCUACAUCAUACAACUCAGUCGUGGGUGAGUCACGAGGCAGUCUCGUGUCACCCGGCAGGAGAAAGAUUUGGGGCUAUGGUUCGACACGCGUCGAAAAUCCAAAAAUCCGUUCCCCAAGAGUUCACGAGAGCAAGCCCGGCAUAGACCGGCCUGCUCGCUCGGAACCACGGAUCGGUACGUGCGAUACCAUAGGUCCCAGUAAAAAGGGUAAGUAGAAAUUUGUGUGAGUCCGUGACACGACUGUAUUUUUUGGUUUGCAUUGCUUAGUACUGUAUUGUUCUCUCUCUCUCUCUCUCUCUCUAUCCCUUGCCAAAGUGGUGGCAGCAAACAGCAUUUGAAAUUUUUAGAAUUGAGAAAACCAAAAAACAGAGCUUCAACUUUCGAACAAACCGAACUUACCGUACGAGGAGUACCGCGGGUUACAGCAAUACAUACCUUUCGUACAGUUCUGUACGAAAACGUACUCGAACAGGUUCAAACGGUACCGUACGGCACGACAAAAUACCACCACUAUCCUUGUAACCUACCGGUAUUCUACCGUACUUGGUACUGCACGAUACGAGACGAUACGAUACGAUCCCUGAACUCUUUCCUUCUUCUCUUUCCGAUACGACAGCAAGGACGCCGAGUUUCGGAACGAUCGCAUCGGCAACAGCAAUAGCAACACCAACACCGGCUCUAACGAGAAAGUGCAAAUCCCAUUGCCGCACCACGACAAAAACACAACACAUACACCCCCGCAACCAUGUCGGCUCCACCAGUAGCUCCUCCCCCGAAAACAUUUCCGUACGAUUUCCUCUUCAAGGUGCUCAUCAUCGGAGAUGCCUCGGUCGGAAAGGUGCGUCGUUCUUCCCCGGUUCCGUGAUCGCGGUUUGGUUGGACGGAUCGAAUGGACGGAUCGAAUGGCCGGAUCGAUUUCUGGCAACCGGGAACGGACCCGCGUGAUUUGUCGCCCUCCCCCCCCCAUGUCGCUGUGCGUGUUUGGCAGACGCCACACCACAACAACUCCCGCCGCGGUUUGCCUUCCUCCCGUUUGUUCCGUUUUGCGCCGCGUUGUGCAGGACCCCUCACCACGGUGUUGUCUCUUUUUUUUUUCUCGCGCGGGAACGCCCUUGCCGACGAACCCACUCCGUUGCACGCCUCGCCGUUCUCUGUGCCUUGCCACGACGCGCCGCCCAACAGUCGUCGAUGCUCCUCCGGUUCACGGACGACUCCUUCGACGAGCACAUCCAGUCGACCAUCGGCGUCGACUUUAAGGUCAAGCACCUCGAGAUGAGCGGGAAGCGGGUCAAGCUCACCAUCUGGGACACGGCCGGCCAGGAGCGCUUCCGGACGCUCACGAGCUCGUACUACCGGGGGGCCCACGGCGUCGUACUGGUCUACGACGUGACCCGAACGGAUUCCUUUGAAAACCUCGAGCAGUGGCUCAAGGAGGUCAAGCUUUACAGGUACGCGCAGAAUCGCAAUGCUGCAGUGUUGUGUUGUGUUGAAUUGAAUUGUUAUUGGAUUGUUAUUGAUUGCCGUAUUGAGUAGCACUGCAGUUUUGCGUGUGGCGUGGCGUGGCUUGGAAUCGUGCAUCAAAAGAGAUGGCACCGACUCAACCGGUUUCGUUUGCUUGGUUCUUUUUGCCGCGCACCACCCACACCCGCGCCGCUCGUUUUCCCGCUUGCAGCCCGAACAACGGCGAGUCCGUGGUCAAGCUGCUGGUGGGGAACAAGAUCGACAUGGAACGCCAGGUAGAGCGGGAACGGGCCGAGGCCUGGGCCCGGUCGCACGGCAUGCUCUUCCUGGAGGCCUCGGCCAAGACCCGCCUUGGCAUCAAGCAGGUCUUUAUGGAGGUCGUCCAGAAAAUCCUGGAAAACCCGGAGGCCCUGGCCUCGGCGGUACCCGGCAAGCCCAAGCUGCAGAUCAAGCGGCCCAUCGAAUCGAUGGACGACGACGACGAGGACGACGAAGGGGGUUGCUGCUAGGGAGCAUCCGGCAGCCCGCGUACCGCACGAAACGAUAGGAGACGGGAGUGGUGCCGGAGCCCGCGUCGGCUGUGCUGGUUGCUGCGCUGAAAGCUGCUUGCGGUACCGGUACCAAUCCGUGGCUGCGGUUGGAAACCACCCCUUGCGAUGGAAUCGGUAGCGAUCGUUUACGGGUUUCGACGCAUUCCUUUGGAAGAAAGAAACGGCCGUGCGUACCGGCAAGUGCGUGCGGAUGCAAACUGGAUUGGAAACGAAGAACUCAACAAACAAAGAAACAAACAAAUAAUUAUACGCACACCCACACACGAAUGAGAUAUCUAACGAGGACUCAAACACUAUCUACUUUGCUCCGGAAGAAACGUGGGGCGGGCGAUCGGUGUCCGCAGUUUGUUGUUGAAAAAUACCGUUAUGCGAGUGAAUUGAGGCCCUCCAACGGCAUGCCAGACCCUCUACCGAUAUAGUGACUAGUUUAAGAGUUCAUGUAACUGUACAUAUAUUGUAAGGGAAUGAUUUUUAUGCACCAGCUUGACGCUAUCCCCCUUUCUUGCUAGAUAUUGUAAAUGAUA